CACUAAAUGGUCAACUACUUCCACUGCCGAUGAUUAAUUAUUGGUUCCUUCUUGUAACAAAACUGUUAUCGAUUGUGCCAUUGUGGAUAGCCUCUUCUCAUUUUAAUUUUACUUAAUUAAAAAAUCUCUGAUAAAACAGACGAGGAGAGCCAUUCUUUCUUUCUUUUUCCCUUUCCUUCGCUUUUUGUUAUUGAAAGAGGAGAACCACUCUCGUUUGAAUUUUUGUCUGUUUUCUUUCUUUUGUUGCAGCAGGAUAUUGAAAUUGGACAUCCUGAACCACAUCUUCCAUGGAUCAGGUCAAGACAAGGGUUUCUCCACUGGAGGCGUACAUGACAAGUAAACUCUUAAGGCAAUGUAAUACAAGUACCUCACGCCUAAGAGAACCGUUGCUGGAUGCAUGUUGAAGGAAAACUCAAAGCAAAUGGAGCAAGAAACUGAAAAAGUGGACAAGGAGAUUACAACAGUUUCGCCUGCGGCUCAACAUGUAGUCGGAGACAACAGUGACAUGCAGAGUGUAAAGGAAGAGGUGAAGAAGCAAUUUUGGCUCUCUGCUCCACUGAUCGGCGUGAGCCUCCUCCAAUACUCUCUUCAAGUCAUCUCCGUCAUGUUCGUUGGCCAUCUCGGCUCACUUCCUCUCUCCGCCGCAUCCAUAGCCACCUCCUUUGCCUCCGUCACCGGCUUCACUUUCCUGAUGGGUACAGCGAGCGCGUUGGAAACACUUUGUGGCCAAUCUUACGGAGCAAAGAUGUAUGGAAAGCUAGGCAUCUACAUGCAGAGAGCCAUGUUUGUUCUCCUCAUACUCUCCAUUCCUCUCUCCAUCAUUUGGACUUACACUGAGACCAUCCUUGUCUUCGUCCACCAAGACAAAUCCAUCGCCAACCUUGCAGGCUCAUACGCUCAAUACAUGAUCCCAAGCAUCUUCGCAUACGCUCUUCUUCAAUGCCUAAACAGGUUCUUGCAAACGCAAAACAAUGUGUUCCCUGUUUUUGUCUGCUCUGGAAUCACUACUUGUCUUCACGUGCUUCUCUGUUGGGUCUUGGUCUUGAAGACUGGUCUAGGACACAAGGGGGCUGCUCUUGCUAUCUCGGUCUCUUAUUGGCUCAACGUCAUUCUUCUCUCGUGCUACGUCAAGUUCUCAAGUUGUUGCUCACAAACAUGGACUGGUUUCUCCAUAGAGGCUCUUAGCCACAUCCCUGCUUUUAUGAAGCUUGGGUUUCCUUCCGCGGUUAUGGUCUGCUUAGAGCUAUGGUCGUUCGAGCUUCUGGUUCUCUUGUCAGGCCUACUUCCUAAUCCGGUUUUAGAAACUUCAACUCUUUCAAUCUGCCUUAAUACUUCAUUAACGCUCUGGAUGAUACCGGUUGGCCUUGGUGGUACUGCGAGCACAAGGAUUUCGAAUGAGUUAGGAGCAGGGAAUCCAAAAGGGGCAAAACUGGCUGUACGUGUUGUUGUAGCUAUAGUAAUCGUAGAGGGUAUUAUGAUGGGAUCAAUUUUGUUAGGUGUACGGAAUAAAUUGGGAUAUGCUUUCAGCAGCGAUCCAAAAGUCAUCAGUUAUGUAGCAUCAAUGAUACCAAUUGUCGCUGCAGGCAACUUCUUGGACGGAUUCCAAUGCGUUCUGUCAGGAGUUGCGAGAGGGUGUGGAUGGCAGAAAAUUGGAGCUUGUGUGAAUCUCGGCUCAUAUUAUCUAGUUGGAGUUCCCUUGGGGUUAUUACUAGGUUUCCAUUUACAUCUCGGUGGUCGGGGGCUAUGGCUGGGAAUUGUAACGGCUUUAGUUGUUCAAGUGAUGUCUCUUUCCAUCAUCACAUUAGUUACAAACUGGGAUCAAGAGGCCAUGAAAGCUAAAGACAGAGUUGGAUCUUCGAAUAAUGAGUUUAGAGAAGCUGAAGCAUCAAUCAUAUAGUAAUGGCUCAGAAAAUGUUUCGAUCUUUUUUGCAUUGUUCUGUUUCAAAUUGUAUUUUCUCGGUGAGUUGAAGCUUUCCACGGAUUUUGGUAAUGUAGUUUUUUUUUUGAUCAACGUAAUGUAGUUUUCAUGCCAUGAAAUUCAUGGUUGAAACUUA